AUGGAGGACGCGAAGGCCGCCGUUCAGACUUUCGGCCGGAAGAAGACCGCGGUCGCGGUGGCGCACUGCAAGAAGGGGAAGGGGCUCAUCAAGAUCAAUGGCGCUCCUCUGGACUUGGUGGAGCCGGAGACGCUGCGCUGGAAGGUCUACGAGCCCAUCAACCUGCUCGGGCGGGCGCGGUUUGCCGACCUGGACAUCCGCGUGCGCGUGAAGGGCGGUGGUCGCGUGUCGCAGAUCUACGCCAUCCGCCAGGCCAUCGCCAAGGCCGUGGUUGCGUUCUACCAGAAGUACGUGGACGAGUCGGCCAAGCAGGAGAUCAAGGGGCGCGACGUGCUGCUGUCGUACGACCGCUCGCUGCUCGUCGCCGACCCGCGUCGCUGCGAGCCCAAGAAGUUCGGUGGUAAGGGUGCGCGCGCGCGGUUCCAGAAGUCGUACCGGUAG